UCCAGCCACCACAUCAACGCGUCUGGACGCGUCGAGUCGAUCUCCUCUGGAACUUCGGCUUGUCUCGUUUGUAAGUGAUGUGAUGGGCGACUCUAGCACUUUUCUCAUGUCUCGAUAAUUAUCGUACAAUAAGCCGCAAAAGAUUCGUAAACUGCCUAUGUCGUAUUGCACAUGAGAGCCUGUGUUGGGCCAUCCGUUCACGUAGUAGUAAUGUCAAACACACUUUGUCCACUCCGCGUGUCCACCCCGCAUUGCUCACGCAUUGCUCCACACGCCGUUGUCUUCUUCUUCACCUUUCAUUUUCACAUCCUACCUUCACUCUCACGCUCAUGUGCUCAUCAGUUUUGGCGGUUGCAGGCACGAGGCUGCCGAUGCUGCCCGGGCGCGCGCCCAACGGUAGCGCACACCCGAUUGGCCACAGGGCAAGUCAUUACCCACGGCCGCUACUGUGACAUACGAACCAUGGGAGCUCUCGGUCAACACGCACCUGCCGACGAGGGUCAUGCAAACCCUUUGUGCAUAAACAAAAGCACGGCUGGAAUGGACAAUGGCGCACCAUGGAUCAGCAGUCUCGUUUGUCUCUCCCGCCUAUCACCGCCUAAAGUCAUAUCACCAUGGUGAAAACGGAGACAGUGAGAGAAGUACUGUACGGCACAGCGUGCAAUAGUAUCGUAGCUACAAGCCACUCUCCGUGGGCUUGAGGGCCACAAAGCGACCUUUCGAACCA